AUGCUAUGUCCAUGGAAAUGUCAAAAUGCUCAGAGGGGCUUAUGGAAUGUCUUUAAACUGUGGGUCUGGAUUAUGCUCUGUUGUGAUUUCUUUGCACAUCGUGGAACCUAUUGCUGGACUUACCAUUAUUCUAGAAGACCCAUGCCCUGGGAAAAGGCUAGAGCGUUCUGCAGGCAAAAUUACACAGAUUUAGUUGCCAUACAAAACAAGGGAGAGAUCGAAUACCUGAAUAAGACGCUUCCCUUCAGUCGUACUUACUACUGGAUUGGCAUCCGGAAAGUAGAAGGGGUGUGGACUUGGGUGGGAACCAACAAAUCUCUCACUGAAGAAGCAAAGAACUGGGGCGAAGGGGAGCCCAACAACAGGAAGAGUAAGGAGGACUGUGUGGAAAUCUACAUCAAGAGGGUCAAAGACUCAGGGAAAUGGAAUGAUGAUUCCUGCCACAAAGCAAAGACAGCCCUCUGCUACACAGCUUCUUGUAAACCCUGGUCAUGCAGCGGCCAUGGACAAUGUGUGGAAGUCAUCAAUAAUUACACCUGCAACUGUGAUUUGGGGUACUACGGGUCGGAGUGUCAGUUUGUGACUCAGUGUGUGCCUCUGGAGGCCCCAGAGCUGGGUACCAUGGCCUGUACUCACCCUUUGGGAAACUUCAGCUUCAUGUCGCAGUGUGCCUUCAACUGCUCUAAGGGAACAGACAUAAUUGGGAUUGAAGAAACCACUUGUGGACCGUUUGGAAAUUGGUCAUCUCCAGAACCAACCUGUCGAGUGAUUCAAUGUGAGCCUCUAACAGCACCCAAUUUGGGAACCAUGGACUGUAAUCACCCCCUUGUCGACUUCGGCUUUUCUUCCACAUGCACCUUCAGUUGUUCAGAAGAAGCUGAGUUAACUGGGGAGAGAAAAACUGUUUGCGGAUUGUCUGGAAAUUGGUCCAGCCCUAGUCCAAUAUGUCAAAGUAAAGAGUGUGGCGAAUUUGACCUUCCUCAACAUGUGCACAUGAACUGCAGUCACCCUCUUGGAAACUUCUCUUUCAACUCACAGUGCAGCUUCCACUGCGCUGAAGGAUACAUAUUGAACGGACCUAGGGAGCUGGAGUGUUUGGCUUCUGGAAUCUGGACGAAUUCACCCCCACAGUGCAUAGCUGUCCAGUGCCCGGCUCUGAAGUCUCCGGAGCAAGGAAGCAUGAGCUGUUUCCAUUCCACAAAAGCAUUCCAGCACCAGUCCAGCUGCAGCUUCAGCUGCGAAGAGGGAUUUGCAUUACUUGGGCCAGAGGUAGUGCAGUGCACAGCCUCGGGGGUGUGGACAGCGCCAACUCCGGUGUGUAAAGCCAUUGCCUGUGAGCCCCUGGAGAGUCCUGUCCAUGGAAGCAUGGCUUGCUCCCCAUCUUCGAGAGCAUUCCAGUACAACACCAACUGUAGCUUUCAUUGUGCUGAGGGUUUCACGCUGAGAGGAGCUGAUACAGUUCGAUGUGCUGAUUCGGGACAGUGGACAGCGCCAGCCCCAGUCUGUCAAGCAUUGCAGUGCCAGGAUCUUCCGACCUCAAACAAGGUCCGGGUGAACUGCUCACAUCCCUUUGGUGACUUCAGGUACCAGUCGACCUGUAGCUUUACCUGCGAUGAAGGAUCAUUCCUGGUGGGAGCAAGUGUGCUGCAAUGCCUGGAUACGGGGAACUGGGAUGCUCCUUUUCCAGAAUGCCAAGCUGUUACCUGCGCACCUCUGCCAAACCCUCAGAACGGAGAAAAGACUUGUGUCCAACCUCUUGGAGGUUCCAGUUAUAAGUCCACAUGCCGGUUCACAUGUCAUGAGGGAUUCUCUUUAUCCGGACCAGACAGACUGGACUGUACUUCAUCUGGACACUGGACGGGUUCCCCACCCACGUGUGAAGCCAUCAAGUGUCCGGAACUAUCUGCCCCCGAGCAGGGAAGCCUGGACUGUCCUGACACGCAUGGAGAAUUCAUUGUUGGCUCCAUCUGCCACUUCUCCUGUAACAAGGGCUUGAAGCUGGAGGGGUCUAACCAUGUUGAGUGCACAGCUUCUGGGAGAUGGACAGCAGCCCCACCAGUCUGCAAAGUGGUGCAAUGCCCAUCCCUCAUCGCUCCAAUGCAGGGAACAAUGUCCUGUCAGCAUCAUCUGAGGAACUUUGGUUUGAAUACCACUUGCCACUUUGGAUGCAAAGCUGGAUUCACACUCAUGGGAGACAGUGCUCUCCGAUGCAGACCUUCCAGACAAUGGACAGCAGUAGCUCCCACGUGCAGAGCUGUCAAAUGCUCCAAGCUACCCAUUACUGAGCCAAUAGUGAUGAACUGCUCCAACCCUUGGGGAAAUUUCAGCUAUGGAUCAACCUGCAGCUUCCAUUGCCCAGAGGGUCAAUUACUUAGUGGCUCAGAAAGAACAGCAUGCCAAAAGAAUGGUCAGUGGUCAACAACCAUGCCAACCUGCCAAGCAGGGCCACUGACUAUCCAGGAAACCCUGACUUAUGUUGGUGGAGCAGCAGCUUGUACAACAGGCUUAGUGACGGGUUCGAUACUCCUGGCUCUACUAAGAAGGCGUUGCAGACAAAAAGAUGAUGGAAAAAGCCCCUUGAACCCUCAAAGCCACCUAGGAACAUAUGGAGUUUUUACAAAUGCUGCAUUUGACCCAAGCCCUUAA